AUGGAGGCAUCCGGACACUGCGAUGUGGACAACGGCCCGACGGCGCAGCAACCUGUAAAGGCAAUACAAAUUGUGCAAUCCACUGAAGAGGCCGAUGCACUGGUCAAGCGGGUUAAGCAACUCGAGCGGGAGAAUAAGUCGCUCACGGACGUGCUUACAAAGGUAUGUGAUGAGAAUGCAAAACUUUCUGGAACUGUAGCGGAGAUGCAAGUGAGGUGUGAAACUUAUAGUACCAACAUAUUUUCCGAAACACCUGUGCUUAAAGCACUUUAUGAACGGGAUAAGUUUAAAUUGUUUGGAAGCUCAAAGACAGCCACGCCGGAAAACCUGCAGAAGUUAUUAGACAAUUUGUGCAAGGAAUUCACCGACUUCCGAGCCCAGCACACCUCAUCCAAUGGCGAAGUGCAAAAGUUACUGAUGGAGGUCCAGCAGGGGCACGCCAACGUUCAAAAGCUCUCUGCGGUUGUGCGUGACCAACAAGAGGUUAUAAGUCGUAGUCCACUUGCAGUCACUGUUCGUAUUGCUCAGGACGAAGAUGAAUCAAAAAAUGUUAUGUUUAGGGAUUUACGAAGUGAGGUUGACCGGCAUCGCAUACGAGAGGAUGAAUUGAGGGACCAACUACAGCGACUACAAGCGGAACUACAAGCAAAAACCGCGGAGUUAACUCAACAACAAUGGGAGCUUCAAGCGUCGAGGGAGGAAUGUGACAGUGCCAGCGUCGCAGAGCAGAAGCAGCAGGAAUUACAUGACAAGAUAACACGGUACGAACAGGAGCUGGAAGAUCUGCGUGAAAACCUUGCCACUGAAUCAAGCAUGCACAAGGACGUGGAAGCCGAGAACAGGGCAUUAACCGAAAAACUGAGAGAGUUGGAAGAUAGGAUCAGACAAAAUGAGAGUUGUUCUGCGGAGGCAAAACUGACUGCACCCAGUUAUGAUGUUGAUACGCUACUGACUGCCUCGAUGAAUGAGCCAAAAUCGUGCAAAAAUUGCGAGGACGCUCAACACCAACACGAGGCUGCAAUGGAGAAGAUUUCAAUCUUGGAGUCGCGUCUUGCCCAAGUUACUGAAGAAAAUGGGAAGCUGACGGAUCUAUCUUCCGCAAUGAAAGAGGAAGCAACCUACUUCGCAACCACAAAAGAACAUGACGAGGAGCGGCUUCGUGGGCUGGAGGCACAAUGUGAAACUCUUACGACUGAUAUCAACAACUUGAGGGUGGAAAGGGAUCAGCUUUCUCGUGACUACGAAGCAGCUCAGUUGGAGCUUGACAGGGCUCGCAUGCAAGCAGAAAAAAUACCACAAUUUGAGACAAGCGUAGCUGAGCUACAGCAAGAGGUUUCUACGUUACGAGAGCGUCUUUCUUGUGCUGAGGAGUCGGAAAAAGCAUUGUUAAAAGCUAGGGAAGAAAUCACUCAGUUAGAGGAAGCACAAAGACAGAAUACGGGAAGUGACACUGAGGCACGGUGCACGGCACUGGAAUUCUCUUUACAAGCUGUGAAAGUGCAACUGGGGGAAACACAAGCAGACUUGCAACGUGUGGGUUCGGAGAGAGCGAGUCUUCAGGACACUGUAGACAACCAGAGGCAAACUCUUAAGUCGCGUGAGGACGAGGUUGCUGCGCUUGUGAAAGAAAGCGCGGAACUUCGUGUGGAGGUGUGUCGCCUGAUGGAAGAAAAUAACAAACUGUGCGGCCAGAAUACUACACUCGAAGGCCAAUUAAACGAACUGCAGCUUCGUAUGGAAGAACUGGAGGCCAAUAGUUUGGUGUUCAACGAUUUACGAAGUGAGGUUGACCGGCAUCGCAUACGAGAGGAUGAAUUGAGGGACCAACUACAGCGACUACAAGCGGAACUACAAGCAAAAACCGCGGAGUUAACUCAACAACAAUGGGAGCUUCAAGCGUCGAGGGAGGAAUGUGACAGUGCCAGCGUCGCAGAGCAGAAGCAGCAGGAAUUACAUGACAAGAUAACACGGUACGAACAGGAGCUGGAAGAUCUGCGUGAAAACCUUGCCACUGAAUCAAGCAUGCACAAGGACGUGGAAGCCGAGAACAGGGCAUUAACCGAAAAACUGAGAGAGUUGGAAGAUAGGAUCAGACAAAAUGAGAGUUGUUCUGCGGAGGCAAAACUGACUGCACCCAGUUAUGAUGUUGAUACGCUACUGACUGCCUCGAUGAAUGAGCCAAAAUCGUGCAAAAAUUGCGAGGACGCUCAACACCAACACGAGGCUGCAAUGGAGAAGAUUUCAAUCUUGGAGUCGCGUCUUGCCCAAGUUACUGAAGAAAAUGGGAAGCUGACGGAUCUAUCUUCCGCAAUGAAAGAGGAAGCAACCUACUUCGCAACCACAAAAGAACAUGACGAGGAGCGGCUUCGUGGGCUGGAGGCACAAUGUGAAACUCUUACGACUGAUAUCAACAACUUGAGGGUGGAAAGGGAUCAGCUUUCUCGUGACUACGAAGCAGCUCAGUUGGAGCUUGACAGGGCUCGCAUGCAAGCAGAAAAAAUACCACAAUUUGAGACAAGCGUAGCUGAGCUACAGCAAGAGGUUUCUACGUUACGAGAGCGUCUUUCUUGUGCUGAGGAGUCGGAAAAAGCAUUGUUAAAAGCUAGGGAAGAAAUCACUCAGUUAGAGGAAGCACAAAGACAGAAUACGGGAAGUGACACUGAGGCACGGUGCACGGCACUGGAAUUCUCUUUACAAGCUGUGAAAGUGCAACUGGGGGAAACACAAGCAGACUUGCAACGUGUGGGUUCGGAGAGAGCGAGUCUUCAGGACACUGUAGACAACCAGAGGCAAACUCUUAAGUCGCGUGAGGACGAGGUUGCUGCGCUUGUGAAAGAAAGCGCGGAACUUCGUGUGGAGGUGUGUCGCCUGAUGGAAGAAAAUAACAAACUGUGCGGCCAGAAUACUACACUCGAAGGCCAAUUAAACGAACUGCAGCUUCGUAUGGAAGAAGUUAUGCGGCAGUGUGGAGGUGCUAACGAUACCAAAGGCGUUGGGGCCUGUGUUGAACAAAGGACUAGUGUUGGCGGAGUCGAAUGUGAGCGCGCAGUUGCAAGCGAAGGGACCGUUGCUGCACAGUUAGAGAGUAACAGCUUUGUUCCUGACGAUAUUCGCUCGGUAAUGGUCGAGAACACGAGACUUGUAAGCGAAAACCAACAAAUGGUUUCUGAUAUUGAUCGGCUCACCUCCGAGCUUUUGGUGUACCGUCAAACGAUUGACGAACUGGAGGCAGAGAACGAGGAGCAACUGAGGCAAAACGAACAAAUUCGCUCUGCUCACUCCGCUGAAUUAGGAUUAAUUGCCGAGCGUCUAGCCUCUGAAACCGCGAUGUGCACCAAUACCAACGAGAAGAUGGCAAAGUUAACGGAUGAGUACCGCGCGCUUGAGCUGGAAAGGAAUAAAUAUCAGUGCUUGGUGGAGGAAAAGUCUAAUCAAGAAGAAAAGUUGCUCUCCACGAUAGUGGCGACUAGCAGUGAGUUGGAGGCCGUGAAGGAGGAGCUACGUCGUGUAAUGGUAACUGUAAAUGAUCAAUUGGAGGCAGUUCGGCAUGAAAAGGAGUUGGAGAUGGAGGUUCGCAUAGCAGAAGAAAGGCAGAGGUACGAGAAUGAAAGUGGAAGGUUGUGUGCCCAGUUGCAUCAAGUCGAAGAAGAGCGGUUGCAUAUCGAAAGCGAACUUGACAAAUUGCGUCAAUCCACAGAAGCCGCCGGUGGCGUUGCUGCUCGAGCUUCAUCCGCUGCGGCGGAAGAUUCGGAUGUUACUGCUCUGCGUGUACAAGUAGAUCAGUUAAGGGUUACUCUUAAAGAGGCACAUCGGCAGUUAGAGGAGCAGGAACGAAGUUCUGCAGAGGUCAAUGAAAGGUUUGAAGAAGAGAGGAAGAAGUUAGACGAUGAUGCAGCGGCUAUGCGUAGGCGCAUCGAACAACUUGAAGAAAAGCUGCAAACAGCGCGUGCUGAACAAAUUGUCAGUGGUGCUGUUACAUUGCCAGUCAGGAGAAAGAAGAAAAAGCAACCAAACACCGACCUCUUAUCGCUUGUUCGCUUUGAUGACGGCCCUGCGGUGGACGUACUGGCGCACGGUGCUGAUAGCCCGUCAUAUCGCAGUGUUGGAAAUGAGAGGGAGGCUGAGAGUUUGGCUGCGCAACUGAAAGAAUCUAACGACAAACUAUCGGUUUUGCAAGAGGAAAAUGGGAAGCUGAAGGAAAGUAUUGCUGACCUCACAGAGAAGCUGCGUAUAAUGCAGGAUUACACAACAAACGACCUGGAGAGGCAGGUGGAAGAGUUGCAGGAAAAGAUUCAACAACUUGAGCAGCAGUUGGAGAGUGCCGCUGAACCAGUCGCAUCUAUUCUCCCUGUUGACGAGAAAACAGUAAAUGGUGAUGGAGCGGAUAAAAAGCUGCAACUGCUCACGACAGAGAACAAACGGUUGCGCUCUAAACUUAGGCAAGCCAGGGAGGCUCUGCGCAAAAAAGAGGGAGGUGAUGACGCCUCUGUUGAGCAACUGAAGGCGGAACUGCAGAUGCUUGCUGGGGAAGUUGUUCCCAUGAAGAACAAAUUAGCGGAGUACAUGGCCAUGGCAGACCGAAUUGGAAUUCAGUACCCUUUCUCAGAAGAAAUGGAAAAAGCAGCCCUACUCAACCUCAACGCUGUUCAAACCAAAAUGUCGCACAAAAAAUCACGAAAUAGUGCGACAAAAAUAGAGAUAGGAGCAGAUGAAAAGGAUAGAGGAAGCAGCGGUCAUACAAAGAAGAGGACAUCGUCGAAGAAAAUAAAGGACCGACACUCUCACACUGUUGCGGAGGUGUCAGAAGACCUGCGGUAA